UGUCACUGCUCUGUUAUCAUGUAAUAAAACGAUCUAUAAUAUCAUAAUACGGUGUUAUACGUGCAGUGCACUUCAACACUGUGAAGCGAGGAGAGUUCAAAUUCAGACCCAACGCGCACAAAACAGCGCAAAACUCGGGGGGAAAAAGUGCAGCCGAGCGCAUCCUCUUUUUAUUUUAAUCGUGCUUGGUUAAAAUAGUAGUGGAGAUCAUGUCAACGGCUGCACGCGUGUUAUGCUCUCUGCACGGCUGUACAAGUGAAAUCUUGCACCGCUCGUGUUUCGGCGUGUAAAAAAAGUGCAAAAGAGUUGAACAUCUAACACACAGAGGGUCUAUUUAUUCCUCAAAUCCAUGCAGUUAAGUUGCUCUUACUUUAUUAAAGUGUCCGUUCAGGCUGCACUGUGUUUUCUGCUGCUUGGUCAGAGAUCAGACUAAACAUCGUAAUGUGUUAUUGGGUUUAUAAAAGCCGCAGAUCUGACUAGUCGCUCCAGUCUAAGUAGAGGCGCUUCCAACAAAAUGAGUCUAAGAUAAGAAGAAGAAGAAAAAAAAUACAGGGCGCAGAAAGAGAAAGAGAAAGAGCGCAGAAGCUUUAUUAAAGCGUAAGAGUGAGUAAAAGUGUGUGAAAGUAUGGCGAAACUUGUGCGAGUCCAACUCGGGGCUCACACACUCGGUCUGAGCUGAUAAAGUUAGUCAGAGAGAGAGGGAGAGAGAGAGAGAGAGAAAGAACGAAGCUCUGAUAUUUCAAUUCAUAAACACGCUCACUCUCAUAAACAUACUUAAAAGAAAGAAAGAAAGAGAAGAGAAGAACGGAGAAAAUAUCGUCCUCCGAAAUCCGCUCGCUCUCCUCUCCCCGCCGACUUUCUCUGCCUUUCCCCUUCUAAUCAAACUCUCACUUCGCGCCGGCGCUUAAUUCCAUAUUUUCAAUUCCUGAUCAUUACUUUCCUCUUUCUCCCUUCCUCCGUCCAUCCAUCCAUCCCUCCCUCCCUCUCCUCUCCUCUCCUCUCCUCUCCCUCCCUCCCUCGCUCUCUCUCUCUCUCUCUCUCUCCCCCUCUCUCUCUCUCUCUCCUUUGCUGAAUCUUAUUGAUCCAGAAGGUGGCUAAUUAGCCCUUCCCGUCGUGCCUGUGUAAUGAAGCACAUGCGCACUGAAUUAAUCACAGCCAUUUUUUUUUUGCAGGAAACUAAUUAGCAGGAAUAAAGCUCCAAAGAGUUUUUUUUUCCUUUUCAAUCAUCAGAUCUCACUUUCACCUCUUCCUCUCUCCCUCUAACACGAGACUCAUCGCCCGCUUUGCAUCCAAAUUAUUUUUUAUAUCGCCUUUAACGACUAAUACUUCGGGUGUGUGUGUGUUUUUUUUUUUCUCCCCCUCUCUCUCUCUCUCUCUCUCUCCUUUUACUCUCCGCAACAACAAUGAUCUUUCUUUUACCGUCCUAAACGCAAACUGACCGAAAAGGGAUCUGCCUUGAUGGGAUCUUUAGCCAAACCGUCUCGAUACUGGAUUAAAAAGCGAGGAUCUCAAAGCGGCAGCAAAAAAAUUGCCUGGAUGCGAUGAACGCCUCAUGUAGGCAUCAGCAUGGAAAGCUGUGAGUCUCCCGUGGUUUCUGGGACAGACGAUGGGCUCAGCUCCUCCACCACCUCCCAGCAGCAGCAGCACCCUCCUCAGCCCUGGAACGAUCACCCUAGUGCACAGGUCACUCCCAGCAACCAACCCACUUCCCUGGAGCCCUUGUCUCUCUCUGUACCCUACCCAGCCCAGCUCCAGAAUCCCAGCACGCCUCGUGAGGCCGUGAGAGAGCAGCAGCAGCAGCAGAAACAGCAGCAGCAAACACGGACCCCACCCCAGGCUCCCAACAACAGCUCUGCCAGCGGCCAGCGGCACCCCAGAAGAGAGGGCUUGGAGGAAGAGGAGCAGGAGGCAUUGAGCUGUGGAGAGGAGGACGAGGAUUUGGAGGACUUGGACGAGAUGGAGAUUGACAGCUGUUUUCCGAGUCUGCAGCCCUUCCCAGGCAUGCCCAUGGCUCAAGUAGGAGGGGGCAUGCCCACUCUCAUGCGCCAGCAGCCUACACGGCGGAGGGAUGCUACAGAGAGUGGGAGUGAAGAAGGAGAGGAGGAGGAGGAAGAAGAGAGCAGCGACGUGGAGAACCUAGCUGGGGAGAUAGUUUACCAACCUGAUGGCUCGGCCUACAUUGUGGAAAGCCUCAGCCAGCUGAUCCAAAGUGAUGGGGGCAUGGCACCUGGUUUGCUCCCCUCAAAUUCUCUCCCCAGUGGGGUUAAGCCUGGGGAACCUUCCGGGACCUCCUCGUCAGUGUACCCUCAGAUCAUCAACACGUUCCACAUAGCCUCGUCUUUUGGGAAGUGGUUCGGCCCCUCAGACCAAGGUUUCCCCAAUACCUCAUCCCCGGCAGGCCUCAGUCCUGUCCUGCACAGUUUCCGCGUAUUCGAUGUGCGGCACAAAAGCAACAAGGAUUACCUAAACAGCGACGGGUCUGCCAAGAAGUCUUGUGUAUCCAAAGAUGUUCCCAACAAUGUGGAUUUCUCCAAAUUUGAUGGACUGGCCCUUUAUGGUAAAGGCAAGCCCAUCCUCAUGUGUUUUCUCUGCAAGCUAUCCUUUGGUUAUGCUCGUUCCUUUGCCACUCACGCCGUCCAUGACCAUCGCAUGACCCUGUGUGAGGAUGAGCGCCGGCUGUUGGGCCACAAGCACGCGUCGGCCAUCAUCCAGGGCAUCGGCAAGGACAAAGAGCCCCUCAUUAGCUUCCUGGAACCAAAAAACAAAAGCUCUCCCCCACCACCCACACUAGUGCCCAUGAACUCAGGCCAGAGCUUCUAUGGCACAUUCAGUGGGGUUCAUUUAGAGGGGGGGAGCAGUAGUGGAGGAGGUGAGGGCCUCCUCAACAAAGACUCUGAUUCGGGUCUCCAGCAGCAAGCCCUCCUCGCCCUGGGAGGCCUUGGUAGUCCCAAGCCGCCCUCUCUUACCUCAACCCCAGGCCCUGCCAAAGACUCCAGCACCCUGCCCAAGGCGCAGGGAGGGAGAACAGAGGGGCCUGUGGGGAAAGAAGGGACUCAUAGAGGGGAGGAUGGGGAUGUGGAGGCCCGUGAAAGCAAGGCUCUCCUUCACGGCGAGGAGUUGGCCUCAGAGGAAGAGGAGGACCUUCUCUUAGAAGAAGAGGAGGACGAGGUGGAGGAUGAAGGCACUACGGUGGCCUGUGGUGGCAGUAGUAGCAGCAGCGGCGGACAAGUAGGGGAACCGGCUGUCUCAAACCAAAGCAUUUCCAAAUCUCCUUUAUUAAUGCCUAGUAGCGCUCUCCAGCCUUCUGCCUGUCCCUCUGCAGCCAGCCCCACGCUGAACAGCAAAGCCCCAGCUUCCAUGUCCUCUUCCUCCAUCAGGGGAUCAGAAGAGGGGAUGGCUGCAGAUGGUGGAGGGAGGACUUCGGAGCUCCCUCUGAGCUUUAACUGCCAGGGGCCCACUGUCCCCAUGGCGAUGGCGGCAGCUGCCAGCAGAGGGGGCGAGGAUGACGGGGCGGGGACCUCCUCCCCUCUCGCCUCCAAUGCCGCCGCUGACGAAAGUGCCAAUCGUGAUAGUGCCACAGCUCCUGAACCAAAUGAAUGCCCGGCAGAGGGAGACGAGGACAACGGUACCCUCCUGCACCACCACCACCACCUCCACCAUCAUCACCACCAUCCACACCCCUCGCCUCACUCCCACUCCCAUCACACAGGGUCCUGCGACAUGACUGGGGUGGGCGAGUGCACCCAGAACCACGGUGUAGGGGCCAGUGGAGGCAGCGGGGUCGAGUGCCCCAAGUGUGACACGGUCUUGGGCUCGUCACGUUCCCUGGGGGGCCACAUGACCAUGAUGCACUCGCGCAACUCAUGCAAGACGCUCAAGUGUCCCAAGUGCAACUGGCACUACAAGUACCAGCAGACCCUGGAGGCACACAUGAAGGAGAAGCAUCCAGACUCUGGGAGCUCCUGUGUGUACUGCAGCAGCGGGCAGAGCCACCCGCGCCUGGCGCGUGGCGAGAGCUACACCUGUGGCUACAAGCCCUUCCGCUGUGAGGUCUGCAACUACUCCACUACUACCAAGGGCAACCUGAGCAUUCACAUGCAGUCAGACAAGCACCUCAACAACAUGCAGACGCUGCAGAACGGAGGCUCCAUCCCCACGGCCAGCGAGCAAGUUUUUGGUCACGCGCCUGGUGGUGUGGUGGCCGUACCCUCAGCCACUCAGGCCAGCAGUCACCACACCAGCCACCACCAUCACCCGGCCCAGUCCUCCACCCACAUGGCAGGGCCCUGUGGUGCCCCCUCGCCCACCAAGCCCAAGAGCAAGCCCACUUGGCGCUGCGAGGUGUGUGACUAUGAAACGAAUGUGGCUCGCAACCUGCGCAUCCACAUGACCAGCGAGAAACACAUGCACAACAUGAUGCUGCUCCAGCAGAAUGUGACCCAGAUGCAACACGGCCGCCUGGGUCUGGGGGCUAUGCCCUCGCCCUCAGAAGCAGAGCUUUACCAGUACUACUUGACCCAGAACAUGAGCCUCCCCCCAGGCCUAAAGUUGGAUCCUUCUGGAACCGAUGCCCAGUUUCUGCUUGGAGGAUUCCAUCUGGACCCAAAUAUAGCUGCCCUAGCUCCAGCACUAGGUGGGGACAUCCCAAUGGAUGUGCGUCUGGGUGGAGGGCAGCUGGUGUCCGAGGAGCUGAUGACCCUAGGUGAGAGCCUGUCGCAGACCAGUGACCCUUCACUCAAGCUCUUCCAGUGUGCUGUGUGCAACCGCUUCACCACUGACAACUUGGAUGUGCUGGGCCUGCACAUGGGGGCCGAGCGCUCACUGCCUGAGGACGAGUGGAAGGCAGUUGUGGGCGACUCACAUCAGUGCAAGCUGUGCUGCUACACCACACAGCUGAAGGCCAACUUCCAGCUGCACUGCAAGACCGAUAAGCAUGUGCAGAAGUACCAGCUGGUGGCCCACAUCAAGGAGGGUGGGAAGGGCAACGAGUGGCGCCUCAAGUGCGUGGCCAUCGGCAACCCGGUGCACCUCAAGUGCAAUGCCUGUGACUACUACACCAAUAGCCUGGAGAAGCUGCGCAUGCACACCGUCAACUCGCGUCACGAGGCCAGCCUCAAACUUUACAAGCACUUGCAGCAGCACGAGAGUGCAGUGGAAGGUGAGGCAUGCUACUAUCACUGCAUGCUGUGUAACUACUCUACCAAGGCCAAGCUGAACCUGAUCCAGCACGUGCGCUCCAUGAAGCACCAGCGCAGCGAGAGCCUGCGCAAGCUGCAGCGUCUGCAGAAGGGCCUGCCUGAGGAGGAGGAGGACCUGAGCACCAUCUUCACCAUUCGCAAGUGUCCAACCAGCGACACUGGAGAGCUGAGUGAGGAUGUGGAGGCUGCCAGCGAGACCACCACAGACCAGGAGGACCAAACCAAAGACAGAGAGAGUGGGGGGGAGAAGGAGCUCACCAAAGGCACAGCAGCAGCAGCAGCCAGCCAGUCAGAGAGGGAUCAGACAGAGUCACCGAUCCCCUCCAAGCGGCCUCCUUCAAGGUCUGGGGCUUCAGAGAGCCCUCUUUCUUCCAAACGUCCCAGGACGGCCGAGAAGAGCACUGGAGAGCAGAUGUACCAGUGCCCCUACUGUAAGUUCACGAAUACGGAUUUGAACAGACUGAGGAUGCACGUGAUGACCCAGCACUCGGUGCAGCCCAUGCUGCGGUGCCCACUGUGCCAGGACAUGCUCAACAACAAGAUCCACCUGCAGUUCCACCUCACGCACCUGCACAGCGUAGCCCCGGACUGCGUCGACAAGCUAAUAGCCACUGUGGCAACGUCAGAGGCGCUGCCAGCAAGCAUGUUCAUACCAGUCCCUGGACCAGAGAGAGAGGCUCAAAAUACAUCCUUGUCCAACUCAACCUCUGAUGACACAAAGAAACAAGCAGAGACUACAGAUGUUGAGCCUGAGAAAGGAAUUUCUAUGGCCACAGAUAUAAUUGAAGCUCGCAAGUCACCUCUUGAAGAUCAGCAGCCGUCAAGAGAAGACACUACUGGAUUCCUAUGCUGGAAGAAAGGCUGUAACCAAGUAUUCAAAUCCUCUAAUGCGCUUCAGAUGCACUUCAAUGAGGUCCACAACAAAAGGCCUCAGCUGCCAGUCUCUGAUCGUCACGUCUACAAGUACCGUUGCAACCAGUGUAGUCUGGCAUUCAAGACGAUAGAGAAGCUGCAGCUGCAUUCCCAGUAUCAUGUUAUCCGAGCAGCUACCAUGUGUUGUCUCUGCCAGCGGAGUUUCAGGACUCUACAGGCCUUGAAGAAGCACUUGGAGACUAGUCACCUUGAACUGAGCGAAGCUGACAUUCAGCAACUAUAUGGAGGCUUGCUAAUGAAUGGAGACCUAAUGGUUAUGGGUGACCCUUCGCUUGGAGAAGACCAAGCAGGUCUGAUUGAGGAUGAGAAAGAAGGAGAAGAGAGUGAUCCUGAGGAAAAACAGAGCCCAACAGGCAGUGAUUCAGGAUCCUUGCAAGAGGAUUCUGGAUCAGAGCCCAAGCGAGCACUCCCGUUUAGAAAAGGUCCGAAUUUCACCAUGGAAAAGUUCUUAGAUCCUUCUCGUCCUUUCAAGUGUACAGUAUGCAAAGAGUCUUUUACCCAGAAGAAUAUUCUUCUCGUGCAUUAUAACUCUGUGUCACACUUGCACAAGGUGAAACGGGCCCUGCAGGAAUCCACCACAGGUCAGCCAGAGCCAACCAGCAGCCCUGAUAAUAAGCCCUUCAAGUGCAGCACUUGCAAUGUUGCAUAUAGCCAGAGCUCUACACUGGAGAUUCAUAUGCGCUCUGUCCUCCACCAGACUAAAGCUAGGGCAGCCAAACUUGAAGCAGCUGGUGGCAGUUCCAGCUCUGUCAGCAGUGGCAGUUUAAGUGGAGGCACCUCUAACAGCACUUCCACCCCCAGCCCUGUCCCACCCACUAACUCAACAACCAGCUCUAACAACAACAGCUGUUCUCCAGCAAACGUUCAGACAGCACACAGCAUCCUGGGAGGAAACCACCUUAGUCAGUCUCACAGCCUUGAGAGCAUGUCUAACUCAGCUUGUCAUCCUUCUCCCUCUGAGAACCAGGAUGUAAAGAAAAAGAAGUUUGCAGACAUGUUGUCCUCAAGAGGCCACCAGCAGCAGCUCCAACAGCAGCAGCUGGCUCAGGCUCAAGCACAAGCCCAGGCCCAGCUCCAACAAGAGCUCCAGCAGCAAGCGGCCCUACUUCAGUCCCAGCUCUUUAACCCCCUACUACAGCACUUCCCAAUGACAACAGAUGCUCUUCUGCCACUUCAACAGCAGCAGCUGCUGUUUCCUUUCUAUAUCCCUGGGGCUGAAUUCCAGUUAAAUCCAGAAAUUAACCUGAACAGUUCUCUGAACUUAAGUGGCUCUGCUGCAUCACUAUUGGAGGAACAGAAGAACCAGGCACAGCAAGCCCAACAGAGCUGUUUACAACAGCAAUUGACACACCACCACCUUCAGCAACAGCACCAAGCUCAUUCGCACUCCCAGGCCUCGAGCCAAAUGGCUUUACUUCAACAGAGUGCAUCUCUCUCGCAUUCAGUAGACAAAAAACCAAAGUCGCUAGUUGCUCAUAGUGAGAAGGACAGAGAGCUGCCAAAGGAUAAAGAAAUGAAUGAUAAAACAGAGGAUCAUACUCCAAAGGAUCUCUCAGACAAUUCAAAGUCCAAAGAGAAGAAAGAUGCACCACAGGCUGUAACUAAUGUGAAUCAGGACACUGGAUUCCCUCCACCACGAAUUGCAUCAGAUGCUCGUGGCAAUGCCACCAAAGUGUUGUUGGAGAAUUUCGGAUUUGAACUGGUGAUUCAGUACAAUGAGAACAAACAAAAAGCUCAGAGAAAGCCCACAGGAUCUGUAUCUGGAUCAAGUGUGCCAGGUGGCAUCACUAGAGUGGUUGAUCCUGUUGAGGGACUGGAGAAAUUGGAGUGUGAGGCCUGUGGUAAGCUCUUCUCCAACAUUUUAAUCCUGAAGAGUCACCAGGAGCACAUCCAUCAGGCCUUCUUCCCUUUUAGAUCACUAGAGAGAUUUGCCAAGGAGUAUAGAGAACAGUAUGACAAGUUGUACCCACUAAGACCACAGACACCUGAGGCUGCUCCUCCCCCACCACCCCCUCCUCCCCCGCCACCGCCACCCCCGCCACCUCCACAGAGGGCACCGACACCAAAUAUACCCGUCUCUGCACCCGCACUCACUCCGCCAACUGCCCCGACCCCACAGCCUCCAGGUCCACUUGCUCAAAUUCCAAUGCCAAUGGAUCUUCCUCUCUUUUCUCCACUCAUGAUGCAGCCUAUGUCUCUCCAGUCCCUACCCUCUCAAAUUCCUGCCCAGUUGCCAGCUGUUGAACCAGGUCUUGCCACUGAUCUUGCACAACUGUAUCAGCAGCAACUCACACCUGCAAUGCUGCAGCAACAGAGCAAAAGACCCCGCACACGUAUAACAGAUGACCAACUAAGGGUUCUGCGACAGUACUUUGACAUCAACAACUCACCAAAUGAGGAACAAAUAAAGGAAAUGGCAGACAAGUCAGGACUUCCACAGAAGGUCAUCAAGCACUGGUUUCGGAAUACUCUUUUUAAAGAGCGACAACGCAACAAAGACUCACCCUACAACUUCAACAAUCCACCUAUUACCACUCUGGAGGACGUCAAAAUUGAUUCUAAGCCACCUUCCCCUGAACCCCAAAGACAGGAGUCCUGUGGCAGUAAGAGAUCCUCAAGAACACGGUUUUCAGACUACCAGCUUAGAGUACUGCAAGAUUUCUUUGAUGCCAAUGCCUACCCUAAAGACGAUGAAUUCGAGCAGCUGUCCAAUCUUCUGAGCCUACCAACUCGAGUCAUUGUUGUAUGGUUCCAGAACGCCAGACAGAAAGCCCGUAAAAAUUAUGAGAACCAGGGCGAUGGAGCAAAAGAAGGUGAACGACGUGAGUUAUCCAAUGAUCGAUACAUUCGUACUACCAACUUAAACUAUCAGUGCAAGAAAUGCAGCCUGGUCUUCCAGCGCAUAUUUGACCUCAUUAAACAUCAAAAGAAGCUUUGUUACAAAGAUGAAGAUGAAGAAGGACAAUAUGACAGUCAAAACGAGGACUCUAUUGAUCACUUACAUGAAUACUACACGCCUUCUGGGUCAUCAGGUCACACACCGAUGCCAUCAUCUUCAAGUCUUUGCCCUCUUCCACCUUCUUCCUCGUCUUUCUCUCCCAUGACAUCUGAGAAGGUUGAAGCUGCCCCUGCUAGCACAUCAAACACUUUUGAUGAGAAAUCCAAAAACUCUGCAGAAACAUCCUUGGCCCAAAGAGAGCAGUCAUCACUGAAACAGGAAAGCAGUCACCCACCUGAGACUCCACCGCAGAGACCACCACGAGAGGAAAAGGUUCAUAUAGCCUCAAAGAACACAAAGCUUUCUUCACCUUCCCUCUCCCAGCAGCAACAGCACAGUGGGUCUUCAGCCUCAGCCUCUCACACCAGCCAGACUCCAUCCCAAAGUACCCUGAUGGCCCUCAAUCCACAUUUAGCCACUGCAUCACAGCAGCAGCUGGCCCAGAUGAUUCCUUACCAGUGUGAACAGUGCAAGCUUGCCUUCCCCUCAUUCGAACACUGGCAAGAACACCAGCAGCUCCAUUUCCUGAGUGUUCAAAACCAAUUUAUUCACCCCCAGUUCUUGGAUCGCUCAAUGAACAUGUCUUUUAUGUUAUUUGAUCCUAGUAAUCCUCUGCUAGCUAGCCAGCCUCUUGCCGGUGCUUUGCCUCAAAUACCCAGCAACUCUGCCACUUCUCCAUCAACUCCUACAUCCACCAUGAACUCUCUAAAGAGGAAACUGGAGGAGAAAGCAGGCACUAGUCCAGGUGAAAAUGACAGUACGAAUAGUGGAGAGGAACCACAAAGAGAUAAACGUCUUCGAACCACUAUUACACCUGAGCAGCUUGAGAUUCUGUACCAAAAAUAUUUACUAGACUCUAAUCCCACCCGAAAAAUGCUUGACCAUAUUGCUCAUGAAGUAGGGCUCAAAAAACGGGUGGUGCAAGUAUGGUUUCAAAACACCAGGGCCAGGGAAAGAAAAGGGCAGUUUCGGGCUGUUGGGCCAGCUCAAGCCCAUCGCCGUUGCCCUUUUUGUCGGGCCCUCUUUAAAGCUAAAACUGCUCUGGAAGCCCACAUCCGUUCACGUCACUGGCAUGAGGCAAAGCGUGCUGGUUACAACUUAACACUUGCUGGUUUAGUAUCUGAACAGGAAGGCAUGCACAUGAAGAUGGAUCCUCAGGAUAUUGCUACUUAUGCUCAUCUGGGCACUUCUAACAGUGAUGCUCACUGCUCAUCCUUGUCACCUGUAAGUAAAAACAUGGAUUUGUCUCCAAGGGCACUUUUAAGUCCAACAUCUAUCAAGGUUGAGGGAAUGGAGGAGUUUGAAAGCCCAACCAUGUCCUCAGUAAACAUGAGCUUUGACCAGAGCAAGCUUGAUAAUGAUGAUUGUUCUUCUGUAAACACCGCAAUCACCGAUACCACCACAGGUGAUGAGGCUAAUGUUGACAAUGACAGUGCUGAUGCGAAGCAUAGCCACAACAGUGGAGAUUUCUUGUCCAAGACUGGGGGAACAGUCCCAUCUCUUGAGAAUGAUGACCAGAUGUCUUCAGGACUAGUGAGUCCUGCAACAAGUUAUUAUGCGAAAGACUUUGAAAAUGAAAAUAUGGUGGAUUACAGCGAAACAUCUAGUUUAGCUGAUCCUUGCUCACCAAGCCCUGGGGCAUCUGGUAGUAGAAGCAUUGACAGUGGAGACAGGCCUGGUCAAAAGCGUUUCCGAACUCAGAUGACUAACCUCCAGCUGAAAGUGCUCAAGUCCUGCUUUAGCGAUUACAGGACCCCUACUAUGUUGGAGUGUGAGGUACUCGGCAAUGAAAUCGGACUUCCAAAGAGAGUCGUACAAGUCUGGUUCCAGAAUGCUCGCGCUAAGGAAAAGAAGGCGAAACUCAGUAUGGCUAAACACUUUGGCAUCAACCAGACCUCUUAUGAGGGACCUAAGACGGAGUGCACUUUGUGUGGUGUUAAGUACAGUGCACGUCUCUCAGUGCGGGACCAUAUCUUCUCCCAGCAACAUAUCUCCAAAGUAAAGGAUACAAUUGGAAGCCAGCUUGACAAAGAGAAAGAGUACUUUGACCCAGCCACUGUUCGUCAACUCAUGGCCCAACAAGAGAUGGAUCGUAUCAAGAAAGCCAAUGAGGUCCUUGGACUGGCACAACAACAAGCCAUGCAGCAACAAGGGAUGUUUGACAGUCCUGCCUUGCAAGCCCUGAAUCUGCAGUCAGCCUAUUCAAAUCUGCAAGGGAUACCCCCUGUCCUCUUGCCCGGUGUUGGAAGCCCUUCCCUUCCUGGCUUUAACUCAUCCAAUUCAGCUUUAACCCCUCCGAAACCUCCGAACAUCCUGAACAUGCCUGGUGCCAGUGUACCCUCACCUAGUCUCCCAACAUCUGGUUUACCCAACAAGAUCCCUUCCUCUUCCUCAUUGGCCUCCCCCAGCCCAGCUCAGGCCAGCACUUCUGUUGCCCACUCAAGUACUACAACCACAUCCACAUCAAACUCCCUGACCACCCAACCAGGCCCGCAUCCUCCCAAAGAGCGUGAAACUGAAAGGGCCAGGGAGAAAGAGAAGCCCAAGGAGAAGGCUGAGAAGUCCACCACACCAUCGUCAACUGGAGGAACUCCUGCUCCCUCCACUUCUGCUGCCAGCGCCAAGAAGGAAAAACCAGACACAGCAGUUCCGGCCACCUCGAUGCCAACUCCUGGUAUGGAGUAUGUGGUCGAUCCUGCCCAGCUUCAAGCUCUGCAGGCCGCUUUAGCAUCAGAUCCAACAGCUCUGCUUACCAGCCAGUUCCUGCCCUAUUUUAUGCCAGGUUUUUCUCCAUAUUACGCCCCCCAGAUUCCAGGAGCUCUUCAAGGUGGAUAUCUUCAGCCUAUGUAUGGUAUGGAAAGUCUUUUCCCCUACAACCCAGCUUUAUCACAGGCCCUGAUGGGGCUGUCACCAGGAUCCCUGCUCCAGCAUUACCAGCAAUAUCAGCAGAGCCUUCAGGAGGCACUUCAGCAGCAACAGCGGCAGCUUCAGCAAAUCCAGCAACCCAAAGCGAGCCAAACUCCAGCCCCUUCUCAGCCCUCGGUGGACCGUAAAGAUUCUGCCAAAGAUCCAGUAAAAACAGAGGAGCAGAAAGGCACUCCCCCGGUUGAUACCUCUUCUUCUCACAAUAACCUACCCCCUGAGCAGCAUGAAGUGGAUGGUAAAGGUGCAGACCCUCUUCUUGACCAAUACAUUGUCCCCAAAGUUCAGUACCGGCUGGCGUGCCGCAAAUGUCAAGCUGUUUUCAGCAAGGAGGAAGCGGCGAUCAGCCACCUCAAGUCGAUCUGCUUUUUCGGUCAGUCUGUGGCAAACAUGCAAGAGAUGUUGCUUCGGGUCCCCACCAGUGGCAGUGCAGCCGAGGGUGGCCUCUAUGACUGCCUGCCCUGUAACACCACUCUGGACGGGGACAAAGCGCUCAGUCAACACCUGGAUUCAGCCUUGCACAAACACAGAACAAUCACGCGAUCAGCCAGAAAUGCCAAAGAGCACGCUACUAGUUUAUUACCUCACUCUUCAGCCUGCUUCCCCGAUCCUAACACCGCAUCUACCUCGCAGUCUGUCACUCACCCAAACAACACCCCAUCUCCCCCGCCAACAACGUCAAACGCCACGCCGUCCUCAUCUGUGUCUGCAUCUUCGUGCUCCUCCUCCACGGCUGCCCCCCUGAAUGCCACAGCUGCCAGCAAACCCUGGCCCCAGGCCUCUUUCUCUAGAGCUUUAGCUGGGAAGUCCAACGCCACUCCUUCUACAUCGUCUUCUUUUCCUCCAGUAUCCUCACCUUCAACGGUUACCUCAAGUUCAUUGAGCACCUCAGGGGUUCAGACCUCGAUACCAACAGACGUCUUUACCGACGAAUCUGACUCUGAUAGCAGUCAGAAGUCAGCGGACAGGCUGGGCCGGUCGGCAGAGGAGCCGCAACAGCCCGGUUGUCUCAAAGACAGUGAUAGUUGUAGUAGUAAUAUGGCUAGUGUAGGAACAGACUCCAUCAGAUUGUAAAGAGCUUUCGGUGAUGGACAAUAUUUAAAACACACAAAAGACAAAAAAAAAGAAUAAAACACAGAAGUAAAAAAAAAGCAGCAAUGUUUAAAAUAUGUUUAAAAGUAUACAAACCAAUUUCAGAAAAAGAUGUGUAAAGACUAACUGCAAUUCCAAAGCUUGUAACCAAAAAUUUAAACGUUAGUGGAUUGUUUUCCCAUAUCAACAUGCUGGUUUUAGUUUAUUUCAACUCAAAUAUAUAUAGCUUUAUAUAUAUAUAUACAUUUUUAUAUAUAUAUAUAUAUGAAUUAAUAAAGAACGCUGCGGUUAACACGUGGAUAUUGCUAGGGGAACGCUGUAUUGCAAUGGACUGCCUCAAAGUCAAACGGCCCCAGAACCUGUCUAUACAAAGAAUGAGAUAACAAGCUGUCCGUUGUCUGCAGAAGUAUUUCCACCUAAUAGCACAGUUACACAAAGCCAGUAUGUACUGUAUGGGAGAAUAGUCUUACAGUUUUCUUGCUAUCUAAGCAUUCAAAUACCAAUGGCUUGCUAAAGAAAAAAAAGAAUAAUGUAAUGUCUAUUUUAUUCUCAGGUCAACAGCUCACAACCUUUUUUAUGUUACAAAAAAAUCAUUAUUUUAUUCAUUUUGUUCCUUAAAAACGUUUCUGUUGUGUUACUUUUACUGACAGAAAGUAUUUGGAAGUGAUACUAACUUAAAGACAUAGCUUUCUGGGCAUUCAAAUGGGUAGCUGAACUGCUGGUUGUAAACCUUUUAAAUUCUUUUAAAUAGAAGAAUAACUAAUCCCACUAUACCCAGACACGAAGAGCAUUGCAGACUUGUUGGUGAGGGAAAAAAAAAGAUUUUUUUUUGUUUUAAGGAAAAAAACUUUCUGUAUUUAUGAUAGAUAUAAACAUUUUGGUGUUAAGUAGAUUGUUGCAUUGGAAAUGAAUUUAAACAGUAUGGUAGACUGAAAAAUCUUUGUGUACAUUUAGCUUUUGUAUUGUCCAACCUUAAGGCGCUUCAUUUGAUGUUGUCUUGGUCAUUCCAAUAGACUAGAUUAAGGAACAGGAACUGAUCUAAACUUUAUUUCUGUCAAAUCCACAGCUUCUUGGAUUUUGUUCACCCGACUGCCACCGACAGACUUGGCAGAAUCCCUCGUGUUUUCGUGAGGGUUUUCUCUCCUUCGAUGGUCGGUGCAGCACUGACCAAAAAGAGAAAAGAGAUCCGGGGUGCGUUUUCAAAAAUGAUUAUUCAGUUAUCUUUGUGUUACCUUUUAUUGUGCACUUACAGUUGUCUGACUUACUUUAUCCCUGUCUUUCUGUGUUACUCCCUCCUUUCUUUGUUCGUUCGUUUAUUUUUGUCUGUUUUUUUCCUCUCUGCAUUUGUAGAUUAGGAGAUUCUUCUCCUUUAGCACUGCAAAGCAGAUUUUCUUUUUUGUAUUUCAUGCAGUGUGGCUGCAGUCUGUUAUAGGCUUUUUUUUAAUUUACGCUCUUUCGUUGUUGUCAUAAAUGAAAAUGAAAAGAAUAAUAAUAAUUCACGCUUUAAAACGAAAAGAAAAUCCAAAGACUAAACACUUUCACCAUUGGUGCAUAAAGAUGAGAAAAGAGGCUUCUUUAUACUUGAGAAUUUGUUGCUGUUUUUAAGGAAAGAAAACAAAGUUUUAAAAUAAAAGGAGUACGCAUCAGAGCUGCCGUCUUUGCUUCUUUGCAAGCAGACCGGUGGCUUUUUUACGUGAAAUACCAAGAAUACCAAAAACCAAAAAAGGACCCUUGUCCUUGCAUUGUGGAGUAGCACCAUUACAGAGCCAUUGCAGUUUGUAAGAUAGAAGUUGAGAAUCUCUUUGUUUAACUCUUCUGUCACACGAGAUCCUUUUUUUUUGUCGUCGUUUUGUUUUUUUUAAAGAAAAUGUAUAAGGUCUGGUCUUUGAGGACAUACGUUUUGCUGCUAAUGUAGAUUUUUGAAAAGAAGAAUACCUAGAUGCAUGCUCAUUUUGCUUUUUUGGCUAAGCUUUAAUGAAAAAAAACAACCAACCAAUAAACCAUUUCCCUGCCUCUGCGACAUAUUUUUUUUCUUCUCGUUGCAAAAACGGAACUCUGAAGACUGUGAAUAUAUGUUCCAAAUGACAUUUUUUGCUUUUUGUUCCUUCUUUUUGUCUUUUUCUCUCUUUUUUUUUUGAGCAGACCAAUGUCAAAAGCCAAUGAUCUAUUACGUUUGUAAAGAACAGUGCAUUCCAAAUACCAACCGUUUGAUUUCUUAAUCAAGGACAGCUUCUGUUUUCUUUUUAUUGAAUCUGAGUUCUAUUCUAGUUUUCUCUCAUUUCUAAGGUGACUGUAAGGUGUUGUGUACUGAACUUCACCGUUUGAUUCCCCUCAUUCUGAAGUGCGUGUUGUAGGGAGUUAAAGUCCCUGCAGCGGGGUUAAAGCUUUUCUGUUUUUUGUUCUUCUCACUUGAAAUAGAUCAUCAUGUAAUAGUGGUUACCAAAAAUGUACAUAUUGUAAUACAUCUGGUACUUACACGUCUCACUGGUCUAGUGUCAUCAUGCCUCUCCAUCUAUAAAGAGUCUCAGAAGGAAAUAAAGGCUGUUUCGCGAACAAAAAAAUAAAGUCUGGAGUGGCGGCCUCCCCUCCUGGAAAAUCACGUAGGGACUUGCCCCAGGUUUCUGCAGGGUGUAAAGCCAUUUUCAUGCACGUUAUGUCUAUUACAGGUUUCCAAGGGACAUCUUCAUUCCAAAGCAUUAUAAGACUGGAAAAAGUUUUUUUUUCUUUUUUGUUUUUUUGUUUUCCUGAAGGUGUCCCUUGUUUCGGAUGGUGAUAAGGUAUGUUUCUGCCUUUAUGUCCAAAGUGGUCUCUCACUCCAACUCAUCGCGAUGGGAAUGGUUCCGUUUAAUCCAAAUGCCCCCCCCCACCACCUUUUCGUAAAAAGAUUUUUUUUUAUAUCCUUACCAAAACUAAGAAAUGUUUAAAUUUGUGAAUAACCGCUUUCUGAUUUUUAUUUCGGCCACAGAUGUAUAGCAAGUGUAUUUGGCCUACAUGAUACAUUGCCGCAAUCUCGGAAGUGUGUUUAAAAAAAAAAAAGUGUUACGUCUUGCAGAGCGAUGUGAUUUGGUGUUAAUACUUGCGCAUGCUGUUGAAAUUAGGUUGAUUUGAUCUGCAAGCUUGCCACUCCUCUCCAAUCCUGUUCGAAAAAUACUGUUCAUAAUUAUUUUUAAGAAUCCUGAUGUAUAGUUUAUUUUUAAAUGCUUUUGCUUCGACUUUCGUUUCAGAUAAGGUCAGACAUUUAUUAUUUUCCUAUAACUAUUUGUAUGUUAUUUUAUGUUCUGUAUAUUAAAUUCUCCUCAUAUACGUAAAUUAACGUUUUAACACCAGCUUUAAAUUUGAAUGGCAGAUUUUUGUUUAUUUUUAUUUUUUGUUUUUCUUAUUCUAUGACCUGGCCACUUUAUGGUGUAAGUAUGUUCCUGUUUUGUCUUUUUUUUUUCUACACUGUUGAUCUCUUGCUUCCAAUGUGUUCUGUUUUAUUCUUUAUGGGCUCUGGUGAGGGUCCUCACAAGGGUCCUCACAAUCAACUCUGCCAGCAUGGACUGUGUGCGUGUUUCUUAAGAGCCGAGUUUUUUUUUUUUCUUUCAUACUUUUUGUUCUAUUUUCCACUUUUAUUUCACACCAAAAUCGUUCAGAACUGCAAAGCUGGAUCUUCAGUACGAGGGUGAAGAUUUGGGAACGUUACAAUAACUGUUACGUGGAGGAAAUGAUGCUGAAGCACUGAGCAGUUUUUUUGCUAUUGUUUUCUUUUUAUACAAUUACUGUUACUUUCAUGAAAUAUAUGAAUGUGGCCAAAGCAUAAUGCAGUUGAAACGUAAAAAAAAAGAAUUUCAGUUGGUGCCCCUGGUGAGUGUAUAUUUAUUGUGGCACAACACGACACACGACUGAGAUACAUCGACUCUCAUUGGGAUACUUGAUUUUUGUGGACAUUUUGCAAAGAGAGAAAGAAGGCAGGUUUUGCUGUAGAGGUCAUCCUUUUGCCCACUGUGAAAAAAAACAUGUAUACAGAUAUAGAUAUAUUUAAAGAAGACAUCUUUUUUUUUGUUUUUUUUGUUGUUCUAAAUGACAAAGAAGGAAAAACAAAGAGAACUGAACUCUGGGAAGCGUGGGAGAUGUCAGUGAAAUGUCUGAGAAGGCUGUUGGCACACCAAAACUGGGCAUGGGAGCCAAAGGCAGGGACAAGGCGCGCCUCCGAUAUCACGUCAUUAUUUAAUUACUGACAAUUUGCCUAUGGGAAUAGACUCUGCAACUAGUGGACAUGCGCGACACGGAGAGGAAUAAAUCUGGGUUACGCUGAACUUCAGUGGCUGGAGUGGCCACCUUUUCUCUCUCUCUCUCUCUCUCUCUCUCUCUCUCGCUCUAGUUCUGCAUCUACUUUGAUGGACAUUUUCCACACUUCUGAACGGGACGGACAGUACCACAUGCCUCUUUUUUCUCCCAGUUCAUGGUGUUGCUACCUGUUUCAUUUCUUCUUGCUCGUCUCACCGAUGGACGGACGACGUCCUCCGGUCAAACCGCCGGCACCGGCCUGCACCUGACCUGGAGCCGGCCCGAUCUCAUCGAUCCAUCGCUAAAAAAGGACUCGCUGUCGGAGGGGGGAGGGGCUUUCUCGGCUGUCAUUCCUGAGGAAGCUGUUCAACACAAAAAAAAGCAACGCAACCAAAAUUAACAACCAAACUUAACAAGCAACCAAACAAAAAAAACUACACAUAAGCUCCAAUUUCAAAGACAAACUGCUACUGGAGCUCCCUGUUCCUUUCGUGACUCCUGGUGCCACAAUUUUUUUUAAUGCUUUUUUUUUGUGUUUUAUUUUUGUUUGUUUUUUUCUUCUUUUUUUUCUCGAAUUAUUCCUCCUUCGAGCCUCACAAGCACGGCUCAGUGGCUCCAGGUAGCCCACCCGAGGGUAGAAAAAACAGCCUUGCAAUGUACAAAAAAGAGCAAGUUAAACCAAAAAUGUUGUUCUUGAUGUCUUUUCUAUACUGUAGUCUUGUUAGCUUUUUUGUUACUGUAAUUAUAUGAUGAAGAUUUCCAAACUGUACCAAAUUACAUGGAGACUAACAUACAUAAACCACAUGGAACUUCAGACUUUUAAAGAAAACUUUUGUCACAAAAACCUUGUUGUCCUAGUUAAGUUGAUUGUAGAUGGUAAUUGAAUAUACUCCUUUGAAAAUAUUUCAUCAAGUAUGUUUCUUGCUCAUUGUGAUACAUUAAAAAGUAUGAGCAUAAAUGCA